AUGGAAGAACACCCAGUAGAGGAGGAUGUAAAUGAAAUCAAUACAACACUUCUAGAAUUACAAGAUGCCCUCACAGCCGCAUUGCGAGAAACCGGCGUUUUGGGAAAAUUAAGAGCUCAACUUCGUGCCUCUGCCAUUAGUGUUGUGCGUGGGGAUUCACAUUUACGAGAUGCGGCCGUUUCUUCUGCAGGGAAAAUCAUGCAACCCGCCUCUCUUUCUCUAGAAGCUCGAGUGGCAUUAUUAUUAAUGGAAGACUUUAUGCGUGUACAUGGACUACUUCACACAAUUGGGGUAUUUGAAGCGGAGAGUAAUGUAUGUUUAAUAGGAGAAACAGAAAGAGCCACAAUGAAAGAAAUGCAAUCGCUACAACAACAACAACAACAACAACAACAACAGAGUUCUGGAGAGAAAUCGAUAUUAGAGAAAUUGAUUGCCAAUACACUACAGAGAGAUAAACCUAUUAUACUACAGGGAACAUCUACAGGAUCUUCAUCUUUAUCUUUAACACCACCAGAGCAUUCUGUGCAGCCUUCAAAAGAAAUAGAAAUAGAAGAAGAGAAAGAAAAAGAAGAAAAAGGAAAAGAACAACAACAACAGUCGACGAUAAUGAAGAUGGGGAUGAUGAACAACAACAAUAUCAACAACAUCAAUAAUAAUAAUAAUAAUAAGGAAAAGGAAAAGGAAAAGGAAAAGAAGGAAGAACAAGAGGUUCCGCAUAAUAUAGAGAUUAUAGAUGAAUUAAAGGAAUAUGAUGAUUCUGUUGAUUUUAGCGAUAUUAGUAUUGAGGAUAUCUCAUCUAUGAAUAAGACUUCAUAUGAUUAUAUGGAGAACUUUUAA